CCUUCCUGGGUAAUAGCCACCUACUGCGUCCUGCUGAGCUCUGUUCUCUCCAGCACCUCCAACCCCUAGUGUCUGCUACUCUUCCUCCACCAGGAACAAGCCAUCAUGUCGCGCCAGUCGAGUGUGUCUUUUCGGAGUGGGGGCAGCCGUAGCUUCAGCGCCGCCUCCGCCAUCACUCCAUCUGUCUCCCGCACCAGUUUCACCUCCAUGUCCCGGUCCGGGGGUGGUGGUGGCAGCUUUGGCCGGAUCAGCCUUGGCGGGGCUGGUGGAGCAGGCGGCUAUGGUAGCCGAAGCCUCUACAACCUGGGAGGCUCCAAGAGGAUCUCCAUCAGCGCUGGUGGUGGCGGUGGUGGCUUCAGGAACCGAUUUGGUGCUGGUGCUGGAGGUGGCUUUGGCUUUGGAAGUGGAGCCGGGAUUGGAUUUGGUUUAGGCGGUGGAGCUGGUGGUGGCUUUGGGAGUGGUGGCGGUGUUGGCUUUGGGAGCGGUGGCGGUGUUGGCUUUGGGCUCGGUGGAGGUCCUGGCUUUGGAGGUGGCUUUGGUGGCCCUGGCUUCCCUGUCUGUCCCCCUGGAGGCAUCCAAGAGGUCACUGUCAACCAGAGUCUCCUGACUCCCCUCAACCUGCAAAUCGACCCCGUCAUCCAGCGGGUGCGGACCGAGGAGCGGGAGCAGAUCAAGACCCUCAACAACAAGUUCGCCUCCUUCAUCGACAAGGUGCGGUUCCUGGAGCAGCAGAACAAGGUCCUGGACACCAAGUGGACCCUGCUGCAGGAGCAGGGCACCAAGACCGUGAGGCAGAACCUGGAGCCUUUGUUCGAGCAGUACAUCAACAACCUCAGGAGACAGCUGGACAGUGUCCUCGGCGAGAGAGGCCGCCUGGACUCGGAGCUAAGGAAUAUGCAGGACCUGGUAGAGGACUUCAAGAACAAGUAUGAAGAUGAAAUCAAUAAGCGGACCACCGCUGAGAAUGAGUUCGUGAUGCUGAAGAAGGACGUGGAUGCCGCCUACAUGAGCAAGGUGGAGCUAGAAGCCAAGGUCGAUGCCCUGAUGGAUGAGAUCAACUUCCUGAAGAUGUUCUUUGAGGCGGAGCUGUCCCAGAUGCAAACGCACGUCUCCGACACGUCCGUGGUCCUGUCCAUGGACAACAACCGCUCCUUGGACCUGGACAGCAUCAUCGCCGAGGUUAAGGCCCAGUACGAGGACAUCGCCAACCGCAGCCGGACAGAAGCCGAGUCCUGGUACCAGACCAAGUACGAGGAGCUGCAGCAGACAGCGGGCAGACACGGCGACGAUCUCCGCAGCACCAAGCAUGAGAUCUCCGAGAUGAACCGGAUGAUUCAGAGGCUGAGAGCUGAGAUCGACAAUGUCAAGAAGCAGUGUGCCAACCUGCAGAACGCCAUUGCUGAUGCUGAGCAGCGUGGGGAGCUGGCCCUCAAGGACGCCAGGAACAAGCUGGCAGAGCUGGAAGACGCCCUGCAGAAGGCCAAGCAGGACAUGGCCCGGCUGCUGCGCGAGUACCAGGAGCUCAUGAACACCAAGCUUGCCCUGGACGUGGAGAUUGCCACCUACAGGAAGCUGCUGGAGGGCGAGGAGUGCAGAUUGAGUGGAGAAGGAGUUGGACCAGUCAACAUCUCUGUCGUCACAAACAGCGUCUCCUCUGCCUACGGUGGUGGCGGUGGCUAUGGCGGCGGCCUCGGUGGAGGUCUUGGCGGUGGCCUCGGUGGAGGUCUUGGCGGCGGCCUCGGUGGAGGUCUUGGCGGCGGCCUCGGUGGAGGUCUUGGCGGAGGUCUUGGCGGAGGUGGUGGCAGCAGCAGCUACCACUUUGGUGGCAGUGGGGGCGUCGGCCUAGGCUCUGGCUUCAGUUCAAGCAGUGGCCGAAGCAUGGGGGGUGGCUUUGGCAGUGGCAGCGGCAGUGGGGUCAGUGGCUCCAGCGUCAAAUUUGUCUCCACCACCUCCUCCUCCCGAAAGAGCUUCAAGAGCUAAAAGUCUGCUGCAAGUCACUGCAACCCAAGGGCAGCGACACGGCCCCUGGUGGCUGUCUCUUCUAGGUGGUUACCAAGCCAAGUUUUCUCUUUUACUGGAGUGUAGUCUAGACCAAGCCUAUUGCAGAAUCAGUCUUUGUUCCUGGAAAGACCCGAUCCCUCGUCUCUAAUCUCCCAUGCCUCGAUUCUAUGUUCUGCUUCAAAUCAGUCUUUAAGUCUCUACAGCCUGGUCCUUGAUCAGAGAAAAAUCCAAAAUUUUCCAUUAUCAAAACCAUCAAAACAGAGUCCCCACCCCAAUCCCAAAUUUUGUUCUGGUUCUGACUACCUCCAUAGUGUGUUCAAUAAAAUGCUUUUAUAAUAUAA